CCAUUUUUCCUACAUUUUAUUUAACCAAAAAAAAAACUUGAGAGAGACAACUCUCCCUCCACCAAAAUUGCUUAACAUGCAGUUUCUUGAAGAAAAACCCAUCUCACCAAAUCUCUCAUUGAACUAACACAAUUCUUAAUUAAUUCUCUAACCCUUUCUAGAAGAAAAACCCCUAUUUUCUCAUCAGUAACAGUAGCCAUGAUGAAACACAAUUACAAAAAAAACAACAAUCUCUCAGUUUUUGUUGUUGUUUUUUCCAUUUUUUUAUUUGGUGUUUUUAUGUAUAAUGAGGAUGUUAAAUCCAUUGCCGAAUUCCCUUUUUCUUGGCCUAAACCUCAAGAAAUUCAAGAAAACGGUUCGAAUCACGAAACCCUAAUUCAAGAAAACGCUUCGAAUCAAGAAAAUCCACUGGAAUCCGAUGAGCAGAAGAUUGAAAUAUUGCCUCAAGAUCAAGAAUUAGAUAAUUAUGAUGAUAUUGAGUUGCCACCGGAAGAAUGCGAUCUUUUUAGUGGAGAAUGGGUUUUUGAUAAUGAGACACGACCGUUGUAUAAAGAAGAGGAGUGUGAGUUUCUUACGGCGCAAGUUACUUGUCUUAGAAAUGGUAGAAAAGAUUCGACGUUUCAGAAUUGGAAAUGGCAGCCUAGAGAUUGUUCUUUGCCAAAGUUCAAAGCAGGAUUAUUGCUAAAUAAAUUAAGGAACAAGAGGCUAAUGUUUGUGGGAGAUUCUUUAAAUAGAAAUCAAUGGGAAUCAAUGAUUUGUUUGGUUCAAUCUGUAGUUCCUGCUGGUAGAAAAACUUGGGAGAAGACAGGAUCUCGUGCAAUUUUUACAAUUUUGGACUAUAAUGCAACAAUAGAGUUUUAUUGGGCACCAUUUAUAGUAGAAUCAAAUUCUGAUGACCCAAAUAUGCACAGCAUAUUAAACCGUAUAAUUAUGCCAGAAUCAAUUAAUAAACAUGGGGUUAAUUGGAAAAAUGUGGAUUAUCUUAUUUUUAAUACAUACAUUUGGUGGAUGAACACUUUUUCUAUGAAAGUUCUCCGUGGAUCGUUCGAUGAGGGGGAUACAGAGUAUGAUGACAUCGAACGGCCAGUAGCUUAUCGUAGAGUUUUAACAACAUGGUCUAAGUGGGUAGAGGAUAAUAUUGAUCCUAAUCGGACCACUGUCUUCUUUGCUAGCAUGUCUCCUCUCCAUAUCAAGAGCUUGGAUUGGGACAACCCAGAUGGAAUAAAAUGUGCAUUGGAGAAAACUCCAAUUCUCAACACAACAAAGCCCCCAAACGUGGGAACAGAUCGUAGACUACUAAUUAUAGCUCAAAAUGUGACUAAUUCCAUGAAAAUACCAGUCCAUUUUCUCAACAUUACCGCUCUAUCCGAAUAUCGAAAAGAUGCACAUACAUCGGUUCAUACAAUCCGACAAGGCAAGAUGCUCACGCCGGAGCAGCAGGCGGAUCCGGCGACCUACGCCGAUUGUAUCCAUUGGUGCCUUCCCGGAUUACCCGAUACGUGGAACGAGUUUAUCUACGCGCGUAUUAUUUCUAAAUCGUGACUUUAAUGAUUUUCCGGUAUGGUAUCGGAUUUUUCUUUAUUUUUAUUUUAUUAUAAAUGUGUUAUUUUCUUUUUAGUUUGGUAUAUAGUUUAAUUUCUAGGGUUUCAAAAUCCACUACAGAUUUUUGUUUUGCAACUUUGUUCAUUAAAGGAGAAAAAAAUGUACAAGUUGAUUCACCAAUUUUUCAAUUGUAUAAUGCACAUGUGGAAAUUAAAAUAAUAAAGUAAAUACAAACUAGUAUGUAAAACAUACUUGCAUUUUCUUCUUA